GAACAUUCUACCGCUGAUGAGAUACACAGAGAAUCGCAGCACCGUAAACAGCUUGGAUGCAUCAGCAGUCCUCACCGUCCACGUUGGCGAAGGCCUUAGCCAUGGUCACCGCAACUUCGUUGUGCACGGGCCAUUUUGGUGUUCCGCUCGGACUUCUUUCGUCGAGCUAUGAAUGGCAAAUGGGAGGCGGAAUCGAGAGUCGUCAGCCUGGCAGAUGACGAGCCCGACAUUUUUGGCGUCUACGUAAGCCUGGUGUAUACAGGGAAGCUACCAGUUACGCACAUCGAUACCAAAAACCUACCGCAUGACGAAAAGAAGUCCCUCCUUCAGGAGGAGUAUGAUGACUUUUUUCGCCUCUACGCUCUGGCAGAUAAGUCGCAAGACACGGCUGCAAAGGACACCGAAAUCGCCGCGGUCUUCGAGGUCCUAGAGAAAGAGGGACAGGUCGAUUACAUCUGCCUUCCCACAUUCGCCACAUUCGUCACAAUGUGUAUGCUGUACGACCGAAAACCUGACAUAUUUCCAGCGCGCAAGCUCGUGGGUGACAUGGCCAACACUUGCGACGUGGAGUCGCUGUAAUCCGAGGCUGCCACCUUGCCAAAGGAUCUGGUGAGAGACCUUCUGGUCUCAUUACGAAAUCAUGCGAGAGAGAGGAAUGGCGCUGUCAGGAAGGGCUUGAGUGCAUAUCUAG